GAUUAUAUGAUGCCUGCGCGCACAUAACGUGUAUUGCUGUAAGCUGUGAAACUACAUGACACUCCGAAAGUUGGAAAAACUACAAAGUUGUGGUUCUAUUUUACUCUGAUGGUAAUUUCACUUUAGCACCGUUGUGAUAUUACGACCAGUGUAAAAAAAAGUACAGAAGACCGACCAGACUCGCCAUGAUAAAAAUGCAGAUCUCAACAUAUUUGCCGCUUUUUAUCGGACUUUUUAGUAUUAAGCUGCAAGCGGAGUUUUCAUACGACAGAUUUGUACAAGUUCUUCCGGGGAGGAAGACACUUUCUAUUAAAACGGGGGCGUGGCAGCCAUCUGAUGUAACACACUAUUGCGACUCGAUGACCUGGUUGUCACAGAGACAGCGCGAGUUAUGUCUCCGGCAUCCCGAUAUCAUAGCGAAUGCAGAGAGAGGGGCAGAGUACGGGCAUACGGAGUGCCAGCACCAGUUCCGUAAUCAGCGAUGGAACUGCUCCAUCGAGAACGCUACUGAUAUAUUCAGUAAACGUACCAUCACAAAAGCACGAAGCGCCGAGACUGCCUUUGUCCACGCUGUCAUGUCGGCGGGAGUAACCUACAGUGUGACGAGGGCGUGCGGUAUGGGAAUUCUUGAAGAAUGUGGUUGUGAUACGAAGUACCUUCCAAGCAGCGAAGAGUCCAACUGGAAUUGGGAUGGCUGUAACGAUAACAUAGGCUAUGGCAUGUAUUUCUCGCGAGACUUCAUGGACGCUAUCGAAGAUGACCUCAUCAAUGGGCUCAGUCUCAUGAAUAUUCACAACAACGAAGCGGGUCGGCAGGUGAUCAAACAUGAGAUGUACACAAAAUGUAAAUGUCACGGAGUCUCUGGAUCAUGUACUUCGAAGAUAUGCUGGAGGACUAUGCGCAAAAUGCGUGAUAUUGGAGACAUCCUCAUGGACAAGUAUUUCCAGGCGAUUAGGGUCAAAUACGCAAAAAAGAGAAAACGAUUACGCCCUCACAGCAAGACGGGCGCGCGCCUUCCAGUAACGGAACUAGUUUACCUGGAUACUUCGCCUGAUUGGUGCGAACCGAAUAAAAAGUACUUUUCACACGGAACGCACGGACGAUUCUGUAAUAAAACAAGUCGAAACAGUGACAGUUGUGCUCUUAUGUGCUGCGGACGAGGCUAUCAAAUUAUGGAGAGGCGAGUGGAAGAAAGUUGUAACUGUCGAUUUCAUUGGUGUUGCGUAGUCACGUGUGAAUCGUGCAUUCGUGACGAAGAACUCCAUAUUUGUAAUUGAAUACAACAUGCUCCCACUCUCGGUACACCGAAUUAUUUUCACAAAAACACUUCGUUUUUAGAUGAAAGUGCGGUAAAUUGUGAUUUCCUGACCAUAAAAUACUUUCAUACCUGGGUUAUCAUAUCGAAUUGUGAAACAAAAUAGACAGAACUUUGUACUUGGAGUUCGAAAUGGCUUGUGGGAGUGAUAACUGAACUUGCAAUGUGAACUCUAUCACUGUGUCUAUCUAAAAAUGUCAAAUUUAGAAG